AUGGUGGUUCGAUAUCUAAUGAAAGUUGAGAUGGAUAACACGCCGUCCACACCUGGGAAGUUCAAGAUGGAGAAAGGUUCAUAUUUUCAUAGGCCUCGGUGGCACACUUCCUUAGCCAAGCUCACAUUUUGGUCCUUUGUGUUCUUGGGUCUAAUGUUCAUCUUCUUCUUUAGAACCCCAUCAAUACCAUCACCAUCAUCGCUUCCUACAGACCAUUCACGCAGGUCCCUAAGGACCUAUAACAAUUUUGGUGCCGCAUGGGAGAAGAGGGUUCGUUCUUCUGCAAGAAUUAGGUCCCCGAAUGGGGUGUCUGUGCUUGUAACUGGUGCUGCAGGUUUUGUUGGAACCCAUGUCUCUGCUGCACUCAAACGUAGGGGUGAUGGAGUUCUUGGCCUUGACAACUUCAAUGAUUAUUAUGAUCCCUCUCUAAAACGUGCACGCCAAGCUCUCUUAGAGCGUACUGGGGUCUUCAUUGUUGAAGGAGACAUUAAUGAUGUUGACCUUCUCAAGAAACUCUUUGAGAUUGUGGCUUUCACCCAUGUAAUGCAUUUAGCUGCUCAAGCUGGUGUCAGGUAUGCGAUGGAAAACCCCGGUUCAUAUGUUCAUAGCAACAUUGCAGGUUUUGUGAAUUUGCUUGAAGUUUGUAAGUCUAUGAAUCCACAACCUGCUAUAGUAUGGGCAUCUUCAAGCUCAGUAUACGGAUUGAACACCAAAGUUCCAUUUUCCGAAAGGGAUAGAACUGACCAACCUGCAAGCUUGUAUGCUGCAACUAAGAAAGCAGGUGAAGAAAUCGCUCACACAUAUAAUCACAUCUAUGGACUUUCCUUAACAGGCUUGAGGUUCUUCACUGUUUAUGGCCCUUGGGGAAGACCUGAUAUGGCCUACUUCUUUUUCACAAGGGAUAUCUUGAAGGGCAAGUCAAUUCCGAUCUUCGAAGCGGCGAAUCAUGGAACGGUUGCUAGAGAUUUCACUUAUAUUGAUGACAUUGUGAGGGGUUGUUUGGGAGCAUUGGAUACUGCAGAGAAGAGUACUGGUAGUGGAGGGAAGAAAACCGGACCGGCUCAGUUGAGGGUGUUCAAUUUAGGGAAUACUUCGCCGGUGCCGGUUUCGGAACUUGUGAGCAUUUUGGAGAGGCUCUUGAAAGUUAAGGCAGAGAGAAACAUCAUGAAGUUGCCAAGAAAUGGUGAUGUUCAGUUUACUCAUGCAAACAUUAGUUAUGCUCAGUCAGAGUUUGGUUAUAAACCAAAAACGGAUUUGCAGAAUGGUUUAAAGAAAUUUGUUCAAUGGUACAUCAAUUACUAUUCUGAUGGCAAGAAAGCUGAUCAGUGA